AUGGGCAUCACGCCGACACGGGAGCACCAGAGGGCGCUGCACACGGCGAGGCGGGAGGUGCUCCAUUUUGAAGGUGAAGCAGACGCUGCCGUCGGAGGUGAGAGCCUGAUGAUCAUCAUUGCCCAUGGGUCGAGGACGACAGCCGUUGGGAUCCGCUACGGUAAGUACUGCGGUGUGGGAUGGAGCGGCUGCGACGGCGAGGAGCCCUGCACCUGCACGACCUCGACGCCUGCUGCCGCGACCACAACUGCGUCGAGAAGAAAGGAGGCUUCAGCUUUGAGAAUAAGGUGUGCAUGGUAUGAAGGUGCAGUCUGGAGGAAGGAUAAAUUAGCUCCAAAGUUGUGGCUGAAGAAGCUUCGGCUUAGCACGAGGACGAUGGUGAAAGAUGAAACCGACCUAAAGAAGAAAAGACUGCUUAGUCCUCGACGGCUUGCCUUAUGGUCAACAGUAAAUGUCGGGGACAUGAAUGUAAUUUUGUGCAGGCUACGUCCUGUGCCUAUAAAUAGAUGAACAAUAACACCGUGCUGUUCACGCUGAAUUCUAAUCACUCUUGGGUCACUCUUGCUUUUCCACCUUCUAUUAAGUCGAAGGUAUAAAUGUAAUAUAUAUAUCAUUAAUGUUCAUUCAUGUUUAUAAAAUAAGGAUAUAAAUAAUCUAA